GCGACAUGGCUACCGCCGGCCUGGGAGAAAAGUUUUUGAUACUGCCGGCGGCAGCCCUACCCACGUCACCGUCGCUUUCGCCACAGGCGGCAGCUCCCGUCCGAGGGAAGCCUAAGAAAUGGCUGGUCUAUCCGCAUCCACCGAAGAGCUCCCGCCUGUCUCGGUCGGUUCUGCGCUGGCUCCAGGGCCUGGAUCUCACCUUCUUCCCCAGGAACGUCAACAGGGAUUUUUCAAAUGGUUUCCUGGUUGCAGAAAUAUUCACUAUAUAUUACCCCUGGGACCUUAAAUUGUCAUCCUUUGAAAAUGGAACUUCUUUGAAAGUCAAGUUGGAUAACUGGGCACAGUUGGAGCAGUUCCUGGCAAGAAAAAAAAUUAAAUUACCUAAAGAGCUAAUCCAUGGAACAAUUCAUUGCAAAGCUGGAGUACCUGAAAUCCUGAUCCAAGAGGUUUAUACCUUGUUAACACAUCGAGAAAUUAAAAGUAUCCAGGACGACCUCGUGAAUUUCACAGACUAUAGUUACCAGAUGCGUUUGCCCCUAGUUCCUCGGUCUACAGCUUCCAAGUCGAUUAAAGAUAACAUCAGGUUAUCAGAAAUAAUAAGCAAUCCCAACAUGCUCAGCAAUGAACUUAAAGUAGAGUUCCUCUUACUUCUACAAAUGUUGCAAAGAAAAUUAAGCAGAAAACUGCAUCCAAAAUGGUUUGAGGUCAAACCAACAGUGGGAGAACUUACUCUCAAUCGUCUUCCUCCCAAAGUCUCUGGGUGCAAAUAUGAUGCCAUGAUUUCAAAGGAAGGCCUCGCUCCUGCUUUACGAAAUAUAGGUACUGGUGGCAAUCCACUUAAGAAACUUGUGUGA